CUACGUUUGCCGCGGUUGCUUGGGUGUACCAUUGAGCUGCACUCUUCGCAAUCAAUCCUGCUCAGAGAACAGAGAGCACCUCCAAAAGCGUCAAUCGCUCUUAUCAAGGAUCAAGGAAGCAGGACAGAACCUACUAGUACUACGAGGGGCCAGAGUCCAGAGCUUGAGUUGCCUAUUGCCUGCCAUUCUCUCAUUCAAGUGCAGUACCAAUACCAAAUUCCAUACCAGUGCCAUACCGUAGACAGACACAAAGCCAUGCCGGAAACAUCAACAGCCCGAGCGGUGGUAGACAACAAUAAGCCCACAGUGGUGUCUGUAGGAAUGGCGAACUAUCAGAUUAGCGAUUCGGCGUUGAAAUCUCUUCGUGAUUCUCGACACAGUAUCCGACGGGGAGGGAUUCCGAAUCGACACCACAGUGGCGGUUCCAACAACUCCAAGGGGGCAACAGCAGCAGCAGCAGCCGCUGGAUCAACGACCCCACCGGGAGGAGCACUGGACACAUCUCGGAAAUCGAAUCGCAGUAGUCAGAGUAGUUCCAUUUGGAGCAAUAUUAUGGGACGGGGAAGACGCAUCUAUGGCAGUGUGGCCAGUGUGGCCAGCAGUAUUACGUUGACAGAGUUUGAUGGCAACUUUUCCGAAGAGUUUGAAAUCUCCGAGGGAUCCUUGGACAUUCGCCAACUGAAUUUUGUCCAUGACGAAGAGCAGGUAGACAGUCAACCCAUGUUGCCACAACGACAAACCAGCGUCACGGCGGGACAGUCUUCGUCUCUCAUGUCCACCAGUGAUCUAUCCAAACUCAGCCAUCAUGUCGCAAAAUUGGGAACCCAACACGAACAACAACAGGAGCAACAAGAACAGGCACCACCACCUGGGUCGUCCAGGUCCUCGGAUUUGUCUCCUCGACAACCAGGACGGAAAACAUCCAUCAAAACGCUCUCGAGUGAGUGCCCCUCGGCUCCCACUCUGGAACCCAACAGCAACCACACCAAUAAGAGCAACAACCACAACAACAGACAAGAAUCAUCAGAAGCACCCUUUGGCCGGUCCAACAGCAAGGACAGUGUGCCACAGUUCCCAUGCCGCAAAAAAUCCUCCAAAUUAGUUGCAGAAUCCAUCAAAGAGGAAUUGCUAUCCGCCGAAUUUAGGGAUCAGGCAAGCAGUUUUCUAGAAGCUAUGCAACCCAUUCUGGGAAAACACAGCGACAGCGACAACAACAAUAAUACAUUCACGGGAGCGCUCGCUAUUGACAGCAUGCUGGAAUCUGGAAUGGUCGAUUCACGACAAGAAGCAGUGGAAGUAGGGCAAGCAAUCCAACAGACUGGGGAAUUAUUUUAUCACAUUUCCGGCACCAAAAAACCGUUUGCCGACAGUAGUGAGGAUGUAUAUGUCAUGGCGCCAAAGCCGCCGCCACCGCCACCUCUCAGGCCUUGCAUGAUGUCGGUGCGUCGCAAGACGGAUACCAGUAUUUCCAUUGAAGAAGAGUCCCCGCUUCAGGUAUCGACUGCCAAACACAUUUCGGUGCCACAUGUAAAACGAUAAAGUCGAACGAACGAACGGUAUGAAUGAAUGUGUGGGACCGGCCGAGGCUAAACACAAAACAAACAGGAAGAACGCAAAAAGCCGCUGCGAUGUCUAGCUAAUGAAUGAGCCUGCUCGACCGGGGUGUAGGUCAUAAUUUUGUUGGACGUUUUGGUUUUGUGUAUCUGUUGGUCGCCGGGUACCUUGUCUUCUGUAUCGUAAUGUACAAUCGGGGUUGGAGUGAACGGGCAUACGAUGUAAUGCUAAAGCGCGUUACGAUCAAAUCUCGCACAUCUACCUGUACGUUACCAUAGUAUCCAUCUACUACGCCAAUUUGAUGGUCGCGUUCAUGUUGCCACCUUGACUUGGGAUGACGCAAGGACGGGGACUAAUUAUUUUAAGCCUGGAACGCGGAACGGGCGAGGUCCUGGUUCGUGUUGGUAUU